AUGUUUAUAAGCCCUAGUCGCUCGAGUUCAAGUGGGACGGCUCUUGUAGCUGCCCUUACAGUGUUCCACAACGGAACGCCAGCAUUAGCUAAUACAGCCGGUCACCGUGCUCUUCACGUUGAGUUACUGCCUAGAUCAGAGAAAGCAUCCAAGAUGAAGCCACUUAAGGUGAAAGUUGCCGUACCUUGCGUACCGUCCGACUUGAAGAAUUUUAACAUCGUUGAGGACUGCAAUGCUAUCCAAAUAGUGCGCGGACCGUCGUCCUCAGAUCGUCGAGCGAUUGAAUUUGGUGCGUCUCUGCUCGGAGAGGUUUGGCAUCAGAUCUGUGAGGGCAUGGGUCCGGCAAUGAUAACAAGAGAGCAGCACGAGGCUUGUCAAAAAGUUUUGCAGGCUCUGGGUGCUAGUAUGUUCUCAGAAUGGGGCGAUCGUGCUGAAGAUAUGUCCGCAGCGGCCGAGAUACCUUUAUUCACUUACGAUGACCCAUUCACAUUACCCCGAGUGGAGGAUGCCUGGGCAGUUGUAAAAGCCGACGAUUUAGUGGCCGACAGUUGGUCCGACUCUGCGGAGCCUUCGACGCGAUCGUGGUCUGAAUUGUUGUGCGCACUCGGUAAGAACAAGAUCGUGCUGGGAUUGGCAUUUGGAACGGCAUUGACUCUUGUAAUGGCCAGGUCUGCAUUCUCAACGCCACAACCAGAAUCGAUAGUUCCGAGAAUGUCUCCGCUCUCAACGCCACAACCAGAAUCGAUAGUUCCGCCGCCCUCAACGCCACAACCAGAAUCGAUAGUUCCGAGUAAAUAUUGUGGACCGAAUUACGUUCAAUACUUUGCGCGCCCGAGCGACAGAGCUUUCACACAAAUUUGUGAAGACAGCACUGUGCUACUUGAAAACCUGUUGGCCAAAAACGGCUGUCGCGCCGAUGCCCGGAGCACCUGCGCCUUUCUUGUGCCUCUUUGUAACCGAUUCUGGGCGGCAAAUGGCAGGACGGCUUCUGUCUGGGAGAAAGCUGUCCCGGGAAUUUCCAAGGCAGGGGAUUUCAACCACGUGUUCAUCGAAACCGAUGAACAAGGUAACUUCGCCCAAGUGGCCGUGAAUGGGGUGCCACCAUCGUGUAUGCAGUAA